AUGCUGCGCACCCCGGCCUCCAACCUGCUGCGCAAGAGCCUGGUGCGCAGCUCGCCCGCCCUGGCCUCCCGAGCUGCGUCGACUCACGCCAUCUCCAACCCGACCCUCGCCAACAUCGAGAAGCGAUGGGAGGGCAUGCCUCUCCAGGAGCAGGCCGACCUCUGGAUGGCUCUGCGUGACCGCAUGCAGGUCAACUGGAAGGAGCUGACUCUCCAGGAGAAGAAGGCCGCCUACUGGAUCGCCUUCGGCCCUCACGGUCCCCGCGCCGUUGACCCCCCCGGUACCAACGCCCGUGUCGCUUGGGGUGUCGUUGUCGGUCUCGCCGUCAGCUUCGGCCUCUUUGGCCUCAUCCGCCUUGCUGCCAAGCCCGUCCCCUACACCAUGUCCCAGGAGUACCAGGAGGAGAGCAACGAGUUCCUCAAGAACCAAAAAUCCGACCCCUUCACUGGUAUCACCUCUCCUGGCUAUGCCGGCAAGGGCAUGGUCCAGUCUCCUCCCAAGGGCAGCUCCUAA